GUCACUUUGACCCUGCUCGUCGAAACCGAAACGUUUUAACCAUUCUAAAACGAUAUUCCGGUUUAUUUUUAACAGUUAUCUGGUGCACUUUCCGUCAGCAGGGUGUUUGUUUAUGUGUCUCGCGCAUCGCUUUGCAACGCCCAUGAUCUUCUCUAACGUUACCUGAGGGGGGAAGAGCAAAGGGGAGAAACUUUUGACCGUCAGCUGUAGGCGUCUGUCACCACGUGGACUCGGAUCUGAUCGGUGAAGGGUUAUUUCAGACUGACAAGACGAGAUGAGUGACGCUAUGGAUGACUCCGGUAUCAUCCGCCGGCGGAGGAUGCAGAAGGAUCUUCCCUUGCCCAGGAAGAGCAGUGGCUGUCGCACCAGUAACCGAAAGAGCCUGAUCUUGACCAGUACGUCUCCCACUCUUCCCCGGCCUCACUCUCCUCUGCCGGGACACAUCGGAAGCAGUCCGCUGGACAGUCCUAGGACCUUCUCCCCCAGCGCACCGGCCCAUUUCUCUUUCGCAUCGUCCAGAAGGGCUGAUGGCAGACGCUGGUCUCUGGCCUCUCUUCCCUCGUCUGGAUAUGGGACCAACACACCCAGCUCAACGUCUUCCAGCUCGUCUCAGGAGCGGCUGCAUCAGUUGCCGUUCCAGCCCACACUGGACGAGCUGCACUUCCUGUCCAAACACUUCGGCAGCACCGAGAGCAUCACUGAUGACGACGGCCGGAGAUCACCGCAUGUGCGGCCGCGCUCACGGAGUCUGAGUCCAGGACGAUCACCUUCCUGUUAUGAUAAUGAGAUUGUUAUUAUGAACCAUGUUUACAAGGAGCGGUUCCCUAAGGCCACGGCUCAGAUGGAGGAGCGCUUGGCUGAGUUCAUCGAGUCGUUUUCGCCUGAGAACGUGCUUCCGCUGGCCGACGGGGUCCUCAGCUUCAUCCACCACCAGAUCGCCGAGCUGUCCCGAAACUGCCUGAACAAAUCUCGUGAAGGCGUCAUCACCACCGUCUACUUCUACGAGCUGCAGGAAAACCUGGAGAAGCUGCUGCACGAAGCUUAUGAGCGAUCAGAGAGCUCGGAGCUGACCUUCAUCACAGAGCUGGUGAAGAAACUCUUCAUCAUCAUCUCCCGCCCUGCUCGACUGCUUGAAUGUCUGGAGUUUAACCCUGAAGAGUUCUACCACCUGCUGGAGGCAGCAGAAGACCAUGCUAAAGAGGGCCAGCUAAUGAAAGCAGACAUCCCGCGAUACAUCAUCAGCCAGCUCGGCCUGACCAGAGACCCUCUGGAAGAAAUGGUGAAUUUGGAGAGUUAUGACAGCGAGGGACCCCACACGCCGGAGACGGACGACUCGGCUGAAGGGAAGCUCAAAGCCAUCAAAGCGCCCUGUGAAUCAGACUUCCAGACUAUCAAACUCAUCAGCAAUGGAGCGUAUGGAGCUGUGUAUUUAGUCAGACACAGAGAGACGCGGCAGCGCUUUGCUAUGAAGAAGAUCAACAAACAAAACCUGAUCCUGCGGAACCAGAUCCAGCAGGCGUUCGUGGAGCGGGACAUCCUGACCUUCGCCGAGAACCCAUUCGUGGUCAGCAUGUUCUGCUCUUUUGAGACGCGCCGUCACCUGUGUAUGGUCAUGGAGUAUGUGGAGGGUGGUGACUGUGCAACCCUGCUGAAAAAUAUCGGAGCCCUUCCUGUGGAAAUGGCCCGGAUGUACUUUGCUGAAACAGUUUUAGCGCUGGAGUACAUUCAUAAUUAUGGCAUCGUACACCGAGACCUGAAACCAGACAAUCUGCUGAUCACGUCGAUGGGCCACAUUAAGCUGACGGAUUUUGGCUUGUCAAAGAUGGGCCUCAUGAAUCUCACCACUAACCUUUACGAAGGACACAUCGAGAAGGACGCCAGGGAGUUCCUGGACAAACAGGUGUGUGGCACACCGGAGUAUAUCGCCCCGGAGGUCAUUCUCAGGCAGGGCUAUGGGAAACCUGUGGACUGGUGGGCCAUGGGCAUCAUCCUCUACGAAUUCCUAGUGGGUUGCGUGCCGUUCUUCGGAGACACGCCUGAAGAGCUGUUUGGUCAGGUGAUCACAGAUGAUAUUGAGUGGCCUGUGGGAGACGAGGCGCUGCCUAGUGAAGCUCGGAGCCUGAUUUCCGCUUUGUUGCAAACCAACCCACUAGUGCGACUGGGCACAGGUGGAGCGUUUGAAGUGAAGCAACACUCGUUUUUCUCGGGAUUGGACUGGAAUGGUUUACUCCGACAGAAGGCCGAGUUUAUCCCUCAUCUAGAGUCUGAGGAGGACACCAGCUAUUUCGACACGCGGUCAGAGCGUUACCAGCACAUCAACUCCUAUGACGAGGACGACACCAACGACGAUGAGCCAGUAGAGAUAAGACAGUUCUCCUCCUGCUCGCCGCGCUUCAGCAAGGUGUAUAGCAGCAUGGAGCACCUGUCCCAGCUGGAGCAGAAGACCCCUGUAGUCACCCGUCGAGAGCACAAAGGUCGCCGCGAUGACAAGAUGGCCAAGCGGGAGAGUCUGGGAAGCUUCACAAUGAGGGACAAGAGCUGGAGGACGGGCUCCCCUGAGAUGAAGCGUUUAUCAUGCUCUGAGUCUCUGUAUAUGGAGGGAGACUGCAGUCCUCCGAUGGGCGCCCGGCGUCGUUUUUCAGCCCUGAUGGACACGCACAGGUUUGCCGCACCUCAAGAGGGCGAUGGAGAGCUUUCCGAAAAACAGGUUGCCGUUAAAGCCCCGGGAUCAUCAUUAGAGGGAGCCAUUGCUCCACCAUCACCCAGUGCUAAUGAACAGAGGAACGGUGCGAAGGAAGUGAUGUCAGCUAGUAAAGGCCCAGAUAAGCCAUUGAGACCAGGUGAGAUAUCAGCACCACAGGCCAUACCAUCUACAGGAGCCAUAGCAGUGGUCGGUCGGGACGUGGUCAUGGGUGACACUGUCGGACAGCGAGCGACCAAGGAUCUGGUGCUUCGGCAAGCACGUCAUCAGCAGCUGUCAAGCGAUGGGGAGAAACGCAGCUCACGUCCCAGCAACAAGGUCAUCAAAUCUGCGUCUGCCACCGCGUUGUCUGUCAUCAUACCUGGAGUCGAGCAGCACGGUAGCUCUCCACUGGCCAGUCCAAUGUCCCCACGCUCUCUCUCGUCCAACCCUUCAUCGAGAGACUCCUCUCCCAGCCGUGAUUACUGCCCCACAGUAACAGUUCUUCGUUCGCCAAUUACCAUCCACCGCUCUGGCAAAAAAUAUGGGUUCACUCUCCGUGCCAUUCGGGUCUACAUGGGAGACACUGACGUGUACAGUGUGCACCACAUAGUCUGGCAUGUGGAGGAUGGGGGCCCUGCUCAGGAGGCGGGACUAUGUGCUGGUGACCUCAUCACUCAUGUCAAUGGUGAAUCUGUGCAUGGUUUGGUCCAUACCGAGGUGGUAGAGCUUAUACUUAAGAGUGGAAACAAAGUGACUGUGACCACAACGCCUUUUGAGAACACGUCCAUUAAAGUGGGACCAGCACGCAAGUCCAGUUACAAGUCCAAGAUGGCUAGAUGCAGUAAGAGGACGGUCAAGGAGGGACAGGAAAGUAAGAGGCGUGGGUCUUUGUUCCGCAAAAUAACUAAGCAAUCCAACCUGCUGCACACAAGCCGUAGCCUGUCAUCUCUGAACCGGUCCUUGUCAUCCAGCGAUAGUCUUCCUGGCUCUCCAACACACAGCCUGUCUGGUCACUCCCCUACCCAGAGCUACCGCUCAACCCCUGAGUCAUCCCACCUUGGUGCCUCCUCCCAGAGCAGUUCUCCCGCCUCCAGUACCCCAAAUUCACCCGCAACAACCCAGCAUAUGAGACCCAGCUCCCUGCACGGACUUUCCCCCAAAUUACACCGCCAAUACCGUUCAGCCCGCUGCAAGUCAGCGGGCAACAUUCCUUUGUCUCCAUUGGCUCAUACACCAUCCCCAACUCAGUCCUCACCACCUCCUUUGCCUGGGCACACAGUCGGGAGCUCCAACACCACCCAAACCUUUCCUGCAAAACUACACUCGUCCCCACCAAUCAUAAGGCCUAGACCCAAGAGUGCUGAGCCACCCAGAUCACCACUACUCAAAAGAGUGCAGUCAGCAGAGAAACUCGGGUCACCGCUUUCAUCAUCAUCUGAGAAGAAAGGUGGGAUCGGGGUGAUGAGGAAGCACAGUUUAGAGAUCGGACAUUCGGAUUAUCGUAAGGAUGGUUUCCACUGUGAGCUAGGCCUCCAGAGCUUGGUGGAAAUUGAGGGUGAAAACCUGGCAAAUGCCCCAACAACUUCUCCUUCACCCACUCAUCCAACCCCAUCACCGCCUGAAACGGGCAUUCUGAAGCCAGUAAGGAAGCUAGGCAGGCAGGAGUCACCUUUGAGUAGAGAUGCUUUGCUUGCGGGAAGAGAAAGGGAUCGAGACAAGGAGAGGAUUGGUGAACCAAGUCAUCCUAGUGAGCCUAAACCAGGGGCAGUCAAAGAAAUGCUCCCUCCUGGUGGCAUUAUUCCAUCUGGAAGUAAGAAAUCUCCAAGUGUUGAAGCAUCUCCACGGCUUCCUUCCACUCUACAGGAAAGUUGCCUAGCCAAGCCUCAGACUUGGCAGCCUCCACUGACCAAGUCUUCUCCAGUAGCAUCAGAGUCCAAGCCUAGUGUAGUCACCUCCAUUCCGUCGCCCCUGACCACAGCGUCUUCCCCAUCUGCCAAAACAACUGAGUCAAGUUUCAUCAAGGAAGCGGGAAAGGAUGACCAAGUAAGUCUUACAAAAGUUGCCCAAAGCCAGGCAAUAGGAACCACUAAGCCUUCAUGCUCUGCAAGCGUAUCAGGUGUUAUCAGCAAAGACUUGUUGGAGAAGGAAGGGGGAAAGGAUACUGGGAAGAAAGAGGUAAAACCAGAUUUUGUGAAGACUUCAGCUUCAGUCAAGCCAAGUAUGCCAUUCAGUGCUCCUGGGAAGACAACAAGCACAGAAUUAACCAAAGCAAGUAAGGGACCAGGUGAUGGAGAAGGUCUCAAAAAGAGCAUCUUAGAUUCCCACACCAGAACUUUAGAUGUCAGGGCGAGGACUGCUCCAUCCAAAGGGGUUGUCCCAUCUCACCCACCCCAGGCGCAGUGCUCUGCUUUGGGAAAACUUAGGCAGGACAAGGGCUUAGCUCCGGUCAGCUGCUACUGGGGAACACUGGAUUGGGAGGACAAAUGUCUCUUGGAGGUUGUUGAGGAACACUCUCCAUCCCCAACUCCUUCUCCAACUGGAGUGCCUCCUGAUCUGUCCAAAACUCAACUUCAGUCUCCUGGUGAGAAAUCUGGUUCGGCUACACAGUUUACAAGCAAAGGGAAAUCUAUAGGGCCUGUUAAAGGUGGAACUCAGGAGGGGCCCAUGGCCAAAGAUACCACCAAAUCAUUGGAGGUCACCCAGGCAUGUGCUCCAGGAAGAUCUGAUGCUGCUUCUGCGAGUAGACCAACUUCCAAAGCAGUCAGUCAGAGUCCUACUAGUACCUCCCCGCAGGUGAAGACUGUCAUCACACCUAAAAAUGGCUCUUGAUCAUGGGCUAGUGGAAAAAAUAAUUGCCUUUAUUGAGGGUUUAGCGGAAUUCAAUGUUUUUAAGCACUUAGAAAUUUAGGGACAUUCCAGCCAGUGAAAAAAAAAUCAUAUUAUGCUGAACAAAGGACAACAACUCCAAGGCUAUUUUAAAGGCUGUUAUUUAUUGUACAUUCAGAGCUGCACCAGAAAUAGAGUAUAGAUGUAUUAUAUUAGAAUGUGUGUUGGGUGUUUGUGUGUGCGAGGAGGUAAAUGGGUGCAUGUUUCGUGGUGCUUGUGCAACAAGGUGAAAAAUCGACAAGUGCAAAGUGCUUUAACAGAUCAAACAAUGCUGAAUUCUGUGAACAUCAAAACAAUGUUCCUACUUUUUCUAAGGUGACCAACCACAUAAUUUCCUUAAACAUAAAAACUGAAAAGAAUUUGCUCAAGGUAACAGCUUAUCAAGUUUUUGGCAUAGACAGAACAUUAUCAAGGACACAUCGCUUCCAUUGCUGUAUUAUUAUUAUUUUUUGGCUUGUUAUAUGAUUCAGAAGUUUUUAAUCAGGUUUACCAUAUCCAUUAAUAAUUAGUACAUACUGCCUUAGCCAUGAGGAGAAUGUUAGCACAAAUAGCCAUGUGGGCAGUGCGCUAACAUGUAUAGCCAUUGCGCUUUGGGUAUCCUGAGUUUGUAUCCCAGCUUGCAGGACACAC